GAAAAAUGGUUUCAUCACAAAGCGUCAUUUGUUUGAUAGCAAUCAUUUUUACAUCAACUGCUUUCUCAUCAUCAACUAUGAUACGUGCGCCAGGUAUGAAUCCACUGAUUCGAACAGAUAAAAAUGGAAAAACCUGCCGGAUUAAUUUAACAAUUCCAGUUUGCCGAGGAUUUUGUCCCACCUAUGAGUACGGAACUCAUGAGUUCCCUCAUCGAAGUCAAAAAAGUGAAGUAUGUGUUCCGGAAGGUGGCAAAUUCGAAAAGAUAACACUGACAGAAUGUGAUGAUGAUGCUGAUCCGGUGAUUCGUACUGUAACAGUAUUACGUGGUGCAAAAUGCGUUUGUAAAACAUGUGACAAGACGUUGAUGAACUGCAUGAAGAAUAGCUUAUUUAAUUGAUUUUAUAAACUGAAAUAUAAGUUCUGUUCCUUCUCCUUUUGAAUAACUCAAUUUGUUUUGAAUACAUCCAUUUAAAAAUAAUUAUGAAGA